AAACUUUGUUUAUUUUCUUUCUUCCUAUUCACUACUAACUUCACCUGAUUUCUAAUUUACAAUUAUUUUCUGUUGAUAAUAUAACUCUUGUUUCUGUUUUCCAGUUGGGCGGAUAUAACUAGGCGAUUGUUUCUGUGAUGAUUGUAGCAUGAGGCGGAUGGCUUGAUCAGGCGCUGUCUUCGGUGGAGGGACAGUGAUGUGGGCGGUCGGCGGUCCGGGCUGCUCUUCAACGUGGCGGGCAACGUCCUUGGACUCCUGGUGUCCAGCGCGCGGUGGUACGAGCUGUCCCUCUAUGCCACGAAUGAUGUCCUCGGCUUGGCUGGUGAUGUCGUCCAGUCUCUCUCGGCGUUCGGCGGGGUGCGGCGCGACUUCAGUCUUGACACUCUCGGAGGGUGUCCAUAUCCAUGGCGGGAUCGGGUGUACAUCUAACGGUCAUCCGCUGGUUCUUCAUCCGAGCAACGGUACGAGAAAUGGGAGUUCCUGUCUCGGGGGCGUCGUCGUCCGUAUGCUCUCCCGAUGUUUCGUCCUCCGGCUCUUGGGCUGCCGACGGAUCUUCCACUAGGAUGCAGCUCUCCUCCACCUGUGUCG